ACACCCGAGAUGAGCUCUGUUGCCACCUCACCUAUAAAGCCUGCUCAAGAGGAGCAGUCACUGACUCCUCCGGGAAAGGUGAUUGCCAUCAGCACCAGGAGUCCAGGUUGUGCACGAAAUCAAUCUGCCCUUCGCAACAACAAGACUUUUUCUCCUGGUGCCGCUUCCAGUUCCUCAGGUUUGAGAAACCUCCCUAGACCUCUCUUGGUGGCUGGUCCUUCAAGUUCUGGAAGCACUGAUGCAGAUGGUGGACUCUUUGCAGUUCCAACAACGCUACCACCCAACAGCCGCCAUGGGAAACUGUUCUUGCCUAGCAAAGAAGCAGAACUGACCUUCCGGCAGCACUUAGACACAAUCAGUAUGCAGUCGGACUUCUUCUUGCCAAAGCCGAGGAAGUUACGGAACAGGCACUUGCGGAAGCCAUUAGUAGUACAGAGAACACUGCUCCCCAGGCCAUCUGGAAAUCCAUCCCAGCAUGUCUGUUCCUUUUCUAUCUUAUCCAACUCAUCCAUUACAGGGAGAGGUUCAUUUCGGCCAAUCCAGUCCUCACUGACUAAAGCUGCUGUUUCUCGUCCAAUUGUGCCCAAAGUUCUUCCAACACAGGCUACCAACCAUCUGUCUAGUGCUAUCGACUUGGCAGCUAAAAGUGCUGGAAUUAUCCCUGGUAGCCCUGUGCCUGUCCUGGAUGCGGAUGGUUUGUCAGGUGUAUCUCCAUUGUCACCAGACGGAGUGACCACGGUUGUAACAGGGCAGGAGUCAAGAGUAGCGCAUCAGAAUGGAGGCUCCAUCACCCCUGUAGAGGGCUCGGGCCCUGGGUGUCGGGUUCCGUUCAUCAGCCUACCAGCACGGCAUGAGCAGGAGGCGGUUCCUGAUGGUUUCCAGGGCACAUCAGUCCUUUCUCUGUCAGAACUGUCCAAGACUCCCCUCCAAAAUGGUAUUUCCACCCCUCCACUUCCUUCAUCAGAGGCUUCCAGUACCCGGCUCUCUCCUCCCAAUGUUUCUGCUCUCUUGGAUAUUUCUCUGCCUGGACCACCUGAAGAUGUACUUUCUCAAGGAGAACCUGCCACUCAAAUCAGUGAUUCUAUCAUUGAAAUAGCUAUCAGCUCUGGUCAAUACAGUGAAGGUGUUUCUCUCUCUCCUGCAAAGCUGAAUGGCAGUGACAGCUCCAAAAGUCUUCCGUCCCCAUCCAGUAGUCCUCAACAGAACUGGAUUGCUUCUCCCAGCCAUGAUCCCCAGUGGUACCCCAAUGACUCCACAGACUCGUCUCUCAGCAGCUUGUUUUCAAGUUUCAUCUCCCCUGAGAAGGGACGAAAAAUGUUGCCAACUCCUGUUGGGACUGCCAGUGGCACCUCCUUACUGGGACCCAGCCUUCUGGAUGGAAACUCACGGGACUCUUUUGUGUCGCGGUCUCUGGCAGAUGUAGCAGAGGUGGUGGAUUCCCAGCUGGCUUGCAUGAUGAAUGAAAACAGCAUAGAUUACAUAUCUCGUUUUAAUGACCUUGCCCAGGAACUGUCAAUACCUGAGCCAACCCGCAGGGAAAUUCUGUUUGAUGGAGGAGGUGGUGGUCCCCCCAUUGGGGAUCUCUCACAGUGAGUGUAUGAGACCAGCAGGCUGGUGUAGACUGUUCAGCUAAAGUUGGAGCUUGCAGUGCUGGAUCAUGGCAAGGGCAGGUUGUAGAGAAGCAGCUGAGGCUCAGUUGUCCCUGUAUUGUGUGCUUGUUUCUAGAAGAGAAGCAUUGUCUUCAAAGGUCUGAAGAAGUACUUGCAAGUCCUGGAAUGUGCAAUAUACGGGGAACAACAAAACAUGGAAUAGUAUUAUAAGAAAUGCUGUGUCCCCUGCAUCAGUGAUAUAUGAUAGCAGGUUUAUGGAACAGUCCUGGACUUGUACUUUGGAAUGGCCUAAGCAAGAAGCUCAAGCAGGGAAGGGUAUUGCCAGAAGCUCCCCUACGUGAAUUAUUUUUUGCGUAGUAAUCAAAAUGCCAUGAUUUGGGAUCCACAUUGAAGUUGUGGAGGAUGAAGGGUGGGGGUGGGUGUAGGAACCAUUUUGCAUCUUGACAUGUCCUAGUUGGCACUCUUUUUAUC